AAAUGCAAAUAAACUAUAGAUAAAGUAACAGAAAAUGUGUUUUUAGGAUGAAAUACAAGAUUUAGUGAUCGAUUUCCUAAACAUGGAUUGUUUCAAGAAGUCUGCGGUCGAGUCAUGCGAUGAAAAGGAGUACCAAAAGCUGAAACACUGUGCCUUUGACUUCUGGGCCGAACACAUGAAUGAAGGACUGAAUCUCUACAAGAAUGAGAGCCUAAGACUUACUGCCUAUAAGUGUUUGGUCGAGACUCGGACAAUCAGAAGAGAAACAUCUGAUCGACAGUUGUGUCCAAAGAGACAAUUGUGUCCCGAAAUGACCUGCACUUUGAAUCCAUACGACCAGAGGUUUGUUGACUGGGAUUACAUCUACAAUCUUAAGGAUGAGACCAAAAUCGGGGAUCAAUUCUCGCAAGACUUGUGGCACUUAUACGACACUCAAAGCCUUCACUUCAAAGACAUCGCUCGCAAGUCAUGGAUCAGACGAGACUUGUCUCAGUGUUUGACCACUUCUUUCGCUUACGACAACUUUGUCGAUAUCUUCAUCACCGGAUCCACUGUUAAUGGUUUUGGCACAAGAGAUAGCGACCUGGAUCUGUGUCUUGUGGUCAGUGAGUUCUGUCCUCUGGAAGAGAUGCGAAAGAGCGACAAAUUGGCGAUUCUGUCAGAAGUGGAGGACAUUGUGUGCCGACAGCUGGAGGUGGAGGAGAGCCAAGUGAUCGACGCCAGAGUCCCGAUCCUCCGCUACAUUCACCCGAAGACUCGGAUUCAGGUGGAGAUCAAUGUGAACAAUGAGAUCGGUUUGAAAAACUCCAGACUUCUCUACUGUUACUCAAAACUGGACUGGAGGGUCGCCCCCAUCUGUAUAGCCAUCAAACUGUGGGCCAAACACUUCGAGAUAAUUAACUCGUUCAGCGGUUCCCUCUCCAGCUAUUGCGUGGAACUGAUGGCCAUCUUCUAUCUGCAGAACACGAGUCCACCACUAGUGCCGUGUCUUCAGGAGACAGACAGUGGGCUGUUUGGGGUGAGAGCCGAAAUGUGGGACUACUUAGAACUGCCGGAUUUGAAACAAUUGAAGUCCACUUCGUUCGCCACCGCAAACGAAGAGAGUCUUUCGGAACUGUUUGCGGGUUUCUUCCGGUUCUACGUCCAGGUGUUUGACUUCAAUAGACACGUGGCGUCCGUACGGUUGGGCCGUAUUCUCGAGAAACAACAUUUCGUCUCUCAAAUGGAUUCAAUGCAAUGGCAAUACAUCUGCGUUGAGGAGCCCUUCAGCGGCCACAACGCCGCCCGAACUCUAUAUAAUCCGGUCGCGUAUGACAUUCGACGGAUUGUAUAA